CAUCAUUGUUUAUUUUUGUGUUUUAAAUCCCACAGAUUUCUUGUCGCUACACACUUCUUCUGACCGACCUCCAAUUUCUGUAUUUAGCACAUGACAAUCCUAAACUUACGCCAUCGUAAUAGCUUGUUUUCUGGCAUUUGUUCACCUGUGGUAGUCAUUUUUAACCAGUGGCUGCAGGAUGAAAUGGAUUUUACUGUGAAAUUACUAACUGCUACAAAUUCAGCUUGACAACAAUGGCAUUUCAUUUUCGCACAGGUAUUAAAUAAUAAGGCAUUUGCACAUCAGCCUGUCAUAAACAAGAUUCCUAUUUAAAUAAAAUGUGGAGAUGGUUGAAAUAAUCAAUAGAAAAGCCUGAUUUGUAACACAAGACAGGAUCAGGUGUAACGCAGUGUCGAUGUUGUCCUCAAGUAGCUUCUACUGCCCUGACAGGUCAUGUAAGGACAUUCUGGCACACAGCCGGGUCGGGAGACAAACGCGUUUACAGCUCACUUUAAACAGUGCUUAAAUAUCUUAUUCAUUUCGGGACAGCACAGAGCUAAACCCACCUUAUCAAGAAUACAUUAUAAUGGUGGAAUAUUACAAAGUUUCCAAAAUUUUAGAGCACCGAGAGUCGCUGAGGAAUGACGUCAGGACGUAUCACAUUGAAUGAUGACGCCGUUUGAUCAUUAAAAAAAUCUGCCGUUAAAAAAUAUCCGAGAAUUAGGUCAGCAAACUAACACAGCACCAACCGUCACGUUAUGAAUGUAACUACUGCGCGUUUGACGAUAUAACUUUUACAAACACGCGCCCUGAGUCUAAAAUAACCUGCUCCGACGAGGAGAGAGAUGUCCGGUGUUUCCAGCAUCUGCAGACGGGAGCCGUAGCCGUUAGACCGGUUCGUCCGUCUGUCUGCUUCCCUCCGCUGGGUUCGGGAGACCCGCAAGCCCGAAUAACGUUAACGCCACUGUAACCCCGGCCAGACUGGACUGAAUGGUUAGCCGGGGGAAGGAGAGACAACGACAGACACCACCAAACAAAACCCGAAGGCUGCUCUGCCGAGACCCAGGAAAUUAUUCCUCGCCUCGACUCGACAGUCUGGUAGCAACACAGUGCACAUUUCAGUAGUUCCAAAAUAAAUAAUUCAAUGACUCUGGCAUGUGAACACAACCUCCUGAGACAUGUGAGCCUCAACACUUUUGCCACAGAUCUUCUUUACCCUGAGUAGAAGUAAACAGAGUUUGGUUUGACGAUGUCGAGCCGCCGGAAAUCGACCACACCUUGCAUGGUGCUGCCCUCUGAUGUGGUGGAGCAGGAAGAGGUUGAGGAGAAAACGGAAAGGACAAAGGAGGAAGAGGCAGAAGAGGAGGAGGGGAAAGUGAAGGAGGCAGCAGAAGAGGGGCCAACUGCAGAGGAGCUAGGUCAGGCUGUAGUGGUUGUCCCCACACCACCAGAUACAGAUGAGCCCAGUGUCUCUACUGUAGAAGACAGUGAAGUCCUUGAUCCCUCACUGAGGCGCAACGCUACAAACCCUCCUGACGAUCCAAGCAUCGACCAGCCAACCCAGGAACAACAGUGUGAUGUGCCCGAGGAGGGAGGAGCAGACCCUGCGUCAGUUGCUGCCAUCUCUCUCAGCAAGACACCCAUCAUGAGGAUGAAGACCAAAUCUGAACCCAAGAGGAUCGCUGUGUCCCUGAAAUCACCGGACGAGGCAGUGGACGGUUUUGGAGGAGGUGGCGAGGGAGAGGUUGGAGGAGAGCAGGAGCCCAUCGAAGCCCCUCUGGGCCCAAUGACUCCUGUUGAGAUGCUGCUGCAUGACUCCAUGAAGCUUGGAGGUGGCGGCUUGCUUAUCAGCCCGCCCUCAGAGCCGCCAAGGAAAUCAUCCAUUUUAAACCCCACAGUCCUGCCUGCUGGCCUUGCACAGGUGCUGUCAGCUUUCCAGGCCCAGCAGAGUGCGACAGCAGCUCAGCCUCAGCUUCUGAUUCCCCUCAGCAGCAUCCCCUCCUAUAGUGCAGCUAUGGACACCAACCCUCUGCUGGGCAGCACAUACAAGAAGUUUCCUUACCCCUCCAUGGCCGAGAUCAGCAGCCUGGCAGCACAGACACAGUUCACAGAGGAGCAGAUAAAGGUGUGGUUCUCAGCUCAGCGUCUGAAGCACGGUGUCAGCUGGACCCCUGAGGAAGUGGAGGAGGCCAGGAGGAAACAGUUUAACGGCACAGUGCACACAGUGCCGCAGACCAUCACUGUCAUACCCGCUCACCAGCUCUCAGCUGCUGCCAACGGUCUGCAGUCCAUUCUUCAGACCUGCCAGAUAGUGGGCCAGCCUGGCCUGGUGUUCACACAGGUCGGUCCAGGGGGAAACCUUCCAGUGACCAGUCCCAUCACACUGACAGUGGCAGGGCUGCCCAGCCAGUCCCAGAGCUCCAGCAGGGUUUCCUGCCAGCCUACCCCAACAAACAGUGAGCUGAAACGGGCUACCACUGUCCAGCCUCCCUCUCUCUCUCCACAGGAGAACUCGGCCCUCAGCGCUGACACGUUCAGUAUGCGGCCUAAGAAGUCCAAAGAGCAGCUGGCAGAGCUGAAAGCCAGCUACCUGAAAAAUCACUUUGUCACUGAUGCUGAAAUCGCCCGACUGAUGAAGCUCACCAACCUGACAAAGGGAGAGAUCAAGAAAUGGUUCAGUGACACCCGGUACAACCAGCGCAACUCCAAGAACAGCCAUGUCAUUGUUUUCCAUGAUGGAGGGGGCAGAGGAGGUGGCAGCUGUAGUAGCAGUGCUAGCACUACUAUUGUCAUUGACUCAAGUGAUGAGAACCCCACAUCUCCCCAUCCUCCCUGCACACCUCCUGUGAAGGAGAAGGAGACACGGCCCAAAACAUGGAACCCAUUUCCAGACUUUACCCUUCAGAAGUUUAAGGAGAAGACACCGGAGCAGCUGGUGGUGCUGGAGGAGAGUUUUGAGAAGAGCAGCACCCCAUCAGAUGAAGAGCUGAGCCGCCUGAGGACAGAGACUAAGCUGACGAGGAGGGAGAUUGACGCCUGGUUCACUGAGAGACGAAAAAUGCCAUCUGUCAGUACCUCCUCCCCGGAUUCUUCAGAGGGAGGGAAGAUGGAGGCAGAUGGAGGGAAAGCAGGAGAAAGAGGAGGAAUGGGAGGAGCAACCUCUUCUUCUCCUUCUGCCUCUUCAUCUCGUAAAGGUAGUCAAACUCCUCCUGGCGGUCGCAGUAAGCAGCUGCCCACUACCACCAGCAGCAACAAGAAAGACUUAAAAGAUAAAACUAAAAAGUCUCCAGAGCAGCUCCACAUUCUGAAAGUUGCGUUUGUGCGGACCCAGUGGCCCACACCAGAGGAGUACGACCAGCUGGCAGAAGAGAGCGGCCUUCCUCGGUCCUACAUUGUCAGCUGGUUCGGGGACUCUAGAUACUCCUGGAAGAAUGGAAACCUGAAAUGGUUCUUUCAGUACCAAAGUGGCAACGUCGAGGGGGCGAACGUCGGAGGAGGCAAUAAAAUGGGAAGCGGCAGCGGUCGAAAAAGACGUGGUCGAAAUCGUGGUUGGGGUCGGUCCCGAACCAGGAAGCAGCCAAGACGGUCCGCCUCCUCCAGUGCAGAUAUCGACAGAUCUCCACCGGCAAAGAAAUUCAAGACUGGGAGGGAGAUCCUGAAGGAAUACUACCUGAAGCACCACUUCCUCAAUGAGCAAGACCUCGAUGAGCUUGUCACCAAGACCAACAUGAGCUAUGAACAGGUGAGGGAGUGGUUUGCCGAAGUCCAGCGACGCUUAGACAUGGGGUUGGAUCCCUUCCAGGAGGCAGCUGCAGGGAGGGCGGUCGGAGACGAAGGAGGAGGGGAGGAGGGAGAGGAGACGCAGGGAGAGGCAUCGACAGCUACCGAGGACCAGACCGGCACUGGGGGGGGGGGUGAAGACGAUGAUGAAGAAGAUGAGGAGGAGGAUGCCGAUGAUACGGACGACAGUGAGGUUUGGGAACCAUCACGUAGUGUCAGGAAAUCCUUGUCAGUUUCUGAAGAUUAAUGAUUGUGGAAAGCCUGGUGAAACAUUACAGAAUGUUACAAGAGAAAUACUAAGAUGAUCAAUGCUGGAGGAGAGUUAGCUGAACCAAGUCUUUCUGCCACUGGUUGCUUGUGUACACAUUUACAACAUUAAUUAACUGUUUUUUCAAACUAUUUCUGAAUCAUGGAACUGUUAACUUUAACUCAUUCUCUCAAUACUUAUCUUAUUAGCUGUACGUAAUGUGUCACAGACAAUUAUCAUGGUAAAGUGGGAGUUUGUAGCAAACCCUACAAAUCUUCAGUGGCAAACUUUGAUAAAGCUCAAAAAACAAUAGUUACACAAUAUUAUGUCAAAAAAGAAGAAUACUAUUAAGUGAAAUCUUCAAGCUGAGCUGAAGAUGAAAACUGUUGAGAUGAAAAAGUUGCCUAAGAAGAUGGUAUAUCCACCCACUACAUCGUUCUUUAGAAGCAAUUGAUGAAUACCGACUGUUGUACCUGAGAGAUUUUAGGAGGAACUGACAGUUUUAAAUGUCCACCAUGCUCCUUGUUAAAUUUGCACUCCUUGCUUUCUUAAAUCAAGCCAUUAAGGGAGAUUUAUUUACACAUUUAUGCUGCAUUUCCUUGAGCAGGAGUUUGUUAUGCUGUUGUGAGCACAGGCCCAAAUUCAAACUUCGGUCUCUAGUGUUAUGAAUGUUUCACCCCUGGUCCCAAACUAACUGCACAUACAGAAAAAAAGACAUAUCUGUUGUGUCAAAGGUGCUAAAAAACUUAUCCCCGCUAGAUGUCACUGCUGAGCAAUGUCCCAAUGAAACUGGUAUACAUCCAAAAGUGGAACUGGUUGAUUUUUCAUGUUACUGUAUCACCUGUGAAGAUCACCAUCGCCAUAGACCAGGAUGUUUGAGCUGACAUUGAAAUCAGGUAUUUUAUCUCUGUGGGAUAAAGACCUAACAUGAUAGGGGAAACGUACCUUAAAGCUGAAUGAAUGCCAAUGCCAUGAUGCUUUUAAAGAGCGCAGGAUGUCUACUCAAGUCUUCCCUCUGUAGUGGCUCAUUGUUCAUUAAUAUUAUUAGUAUGCUAGAUUUUUAACUGAGCACCUAUAGAUCUGAUGGAAAAAUUCCACAGUAUGUGUUUAAUAUUAACUGCUAUUAAUGUUUUUAAACAAAUUUUUCACUUUUUUGAUAGAACUCAUCCUGUGCUAUUAAAAACUUUUUAAAGGGGUUUGUGUAGAUUCAGACAGUGUGAGGCUUUUGUGCCAAAGUUGAAUGUUUUGUCUUGUGAGCAGUGAGCUACAGUUUGAAGCAGUGGCACAGUUUGUGAACUAAAUAAUGGCCACUGUGAGGAAGACGUCUGGGUCCACUGAAGUAAAAACAGAAACAGAAAUAUUUUUGCUGCAGUGUUUCACUUAGAGAUGGCUCGUGAUGGGCUUAUGAUGGAUUGAAUGGAUGGACUAAAUUUUUACAAUGGGUUGCAGUUUUCCCCAAAUCAUGUAAAUGUAAGCACCAGCUGCAGCUCCAGUGUGAAUUUAAAGUAAGUGACAAGACUGCUGUCGCCACCAAAUCACUGACACCUUGCCUUUUAGGUUGGGGCUCAUGACAAAAACGAGGCCUAUGAAUCAUUUUGGGUCCUGACCCGUACUUUAAGAAACACUGUUUAACAGUAUUUCAAAUAAUAAUUUGACUCCAGUCUGCACUGAAGAGAAUAAUGUGAAGCACCUAAACUAAACUUUUAAAAAAUGCACUUUGUCCACUUGUGUUCACAGUGGACUAAAUCAUGAUUAGGCACCUUAAUCUCUUAUUAUACCAUGAAAUGGCUCUGAGAGACCAAAUCUGUUUUGUAUGACUAAGAACUGAACCAGUAUUUUGCCUUUUUUUAUCCUAAGUGUGUUUUCAAGGGGAGGAAUAUUACCAAUUUAUCCACUUUUCUAAUAAUAUGUGUUGUUUCAUAUUUGGAUGUUUAUACGGCUCAGAAAACUAGUAGAACAAUCACCUGCCGCUUUUGUUCGCUAAAUUGCACAAUUUGAGCCCAGUUUUUAAUCAUUUCUCCUUUUAAAAAUGCGCAUGUGUUAUAUUUGUUGUUAUGUUUUUUACUGUUGCUUUAAAUCAUGAGAAGUGUCUCCCAUCUCCUUCUCUGCUCCCACAUGCCCCUGUCCCUGACUAUUUAGCCCUCUUGUCCAGUCCACUUUUGUAAAAUAAAUGCCUAGAUUUCAAGAUGUGCACUUCCUAACACAUGUUUCUGCAAAUGUUAGCAGUGUCCUGUUGGUUCUCCGUCUCAUUAAAUUGUCUACAACACAAGCAGACAGACUGACAGGGCUAUAGAGACAUCUUCGUAAGACUGAAACCAUUCAGAAAAUUUAAAAAAAAGACAUUCUUGGAAAAUUCACUUUUUCUCUCGUGGAGGGAAUUGUGAUGCCUGAAGAAACAGCACAGCAUUCCCUCUGUGGUGGGAUGUCUACCAAAUAACGCUCCUCUUUCUCACUGUUUUUUCUUCAUGCUUUACUGCAUUAAGACGACAGGACAAUAGACUGAAAACUGUCUCAAAUACAGUUCUUCACUGACAGGGGAGAGACUCUGAUGAAGCUUUGCAGAUAAACCUAUGUGCCUACAUGGCUCGUAUACUUGUUUGAACAUAAUUUCAGCAACUCUCGACAAAAGAUGAGAGAGUUUGUGAGUGCUUUGGAAAUCAGAAAUUGUUGGCUGAUUGUUACAGGAGGCUUGUUCAAACUAAGGUGUGAUGCAUGACCAAGCUCUGCUUUCUGCUGACGCUAAAAGAUGCCUAGAUAAUCUGAAGUUGACAUUGCAAACUUCUGUUGUAAGUCCUUAAACGAAUACCUUGGUGUUCCGAAUUUUAUUGUAUUUUGUUACCAAGCACUUGUCACACUACAUGUUGGCACCUUCAGCGACACAAAAUGCAUUUUAAUGAGUGUCUUUGAAACCAGUGUGGCCUGUUAGCUCUAAACUAGCUAAACUAGCUAGUUUAUGGCAACUAAAGGAGAGUUGAAACCAGUGUGUCAUAAUGUGACAGUUGCCUGGCCAUGAAAAAUAACAAAUUCAAAAUGUCAAGGUACCUUUUGUCUAAUACUGCAUGCAAUAACCAAGACGAACAACUGCUCAUUUUGUACAUAGAGUGUUUUGGGUCGUUAUACUUGGCACAGUAGAAGCCUAAUCUGGGAUUACAUUUAUUUUUUAUCUGUAUUAAUACCAGUUACUUUAUAAUUACCAAGUUGACUUCAACCAUGGACCUGUUUUCCUUCUUAAAAAUGAUUCGAAUUUUAUUUCUUCAUCAUUGACUCUAGAACCAUUCAUUAAAGUCUUGUCCAUGUUAGCUUGGCCAAGGUUGCAUUGAGUACCUAGCUCCAUUUUGAGCAACACGUUAAGGUAGUCAUUUGCUCUGACCACAAUUGUGGUAAUUUUUUGGCAGCCAUUUUGUGCUCAUUUGUAACUAUUUGAAUUCUGGUACUACAUGCAAAUUUGUAUACAUGCUACAACAUGGAUGACCCCAAUUUGCUUGUUUUAGUUCACAAAUUAGGCUUAAUCCUGUGUCCAGGUAUCCAACCCCCGGUCUUUUACAGUGUGCUCUUUCUUUACUAUAGCCAGUCCAUUUUGAAUGGUUUUAUAUGUUUCUAUCUAUGAAAACUGUGUCAUUACAACUCUGUCCAGACAUCAGUGGAUUGCUUGUUAACAAUACCAACUCAUACAAUACGUACAACAGAGUAGUGUUUUUGAAAUAGAAUCUGCUUUAGAGUUCAGCCAGUGUUGCCUGAGUGGCUUUUUGUUACUUUGGUUGCAAAAAAUAAAGAAUCAGAACUCAAUAGAAAAGACAUGCACUUAGUUAAAGGAACUGCAAAGACUACAAUUCUGGAAGCACCUGGGAAAUUAUUUUGCUUGCUAAUAAUUUGUAAAAAAUAUAAGGCUCUACACAUCAACUGUUUCAUAAAGAUACAUUCAAUAUAACAGAAAACUUAAUAUAAAUGUUAUGAGCAACACUUUAAGUUGCUUAGAGAGGCACUCCAUUGACUUUGCACAUGAAGUUUUACUUGUCAUGAGGAGUACUACUCAGCCUUUGUAUGAUGUCUUCCGUGGCUCUAGGGGGAGCUUCCGAUAGUUUAAAAAAAAAAAAAAAAAAAAUCCUGAUGAUGUCAUAGUGAUGUCAUUAGGGUCAUCUCAGAUUUGUCUUGAUUCUUCUCCAUUGUAAAUUAGAGGUGUGGGGUUUAAAAAAAAAGUGGGGGUUUAGAAGGAAAGGAGAGUCUACUGAAAGACAAAUCUGUUGUAUUGUGGGAAAUGUAGCAUCUGGUGUUUUUGGAGCUUGGUGCAUAGCAUACUAGAUAUAAAGGUAGGAUAUCUCAGCCUUUUGACAGUUAAUGUUAUCUCCAUAUCAGGUGAAUGAUACGAGUAUUGGUAGAAACAGAGCCAGCUUGGCUUCACUACAGUGUAACCUGUGUUCAGUAAAUCAAAUAUUUUCCCCAGGUCUUCUGAGGUGCUGUGUCUCUUCUCUGAGUUGUGGUUUAAUAUCCAUCACUCAUCAUGUAUCCCAGUUAACCUUGUGCAGUAGAGCUACAAGCUAACAUUGUGAUCAGAGUAGUUUACCUGCUGUCCUAUUAUGCUCAUAUGUCAUAUGUGUAUCCUUCGCUAUACUUCCGCUAUAGUCCUCACUCGUUUUCUGUAUUUAGACAAGUAGUUGGUUGAAUGUUUCUUACAGCUAUCAGAGAUUCAAAUGUUUUCACUAUAUAGCAGCCAGCUUUUUGGUAAAAAAACAAAACAAACAUUUUGUCAGAAAUGUAAUAUACUGUACGUAUAAAUGGAGAUUUUUUUAAAUUCAUUUACGGUGGAAUUUUCACUUUCUGGUUAUUCUGAUCUAAUUUUUAUCUGCUGACAGUUUUUACCCCGAGUCAUUGCUUAUGAUGGACAUGCUUUGCUUUUAACCGCAAACUGCACAGUUUUCUCUUUGUUCCUGCUUCAGUAUAACUCAUAUUUCCAGAUCUGUUUACUGAGUGAUGACAGACUCCUGUGUUGAGUAACAGUCGGUUCCGUAGAUACAGAUACAGCAGGACGAAUACAAUGAUCUCACUGUAUUACACUACCUUCAUAAAUGAUAUUUACUGUGCCAUUUUAAAAUGAUGUCACCCCUGACUUUAACUGAGAGACGCAGUUCUUAAAAAUAAGCUGUGAUCACCUUACCCAGUACACCCGAUUGAUGACUCUAGGGGAUUCUGGGAAUGAAACUGACUUACUUGAGGUUAAACUCUUUGCAGGCAAUGCAGGCAAAGAUGGUUUUUCUGUCUACAACGUUCAUGACCAAACUCAACUAAACAGUUCAACUUCAUCUUAUGCUGUGUCUACGGAACUGACAUUUCCAUCUAUUUCUACGCUCUGCCUGUACAUCGGAAAUGUGUAAAAAAAAAAAAAAGGAGAGAGUAUCUGUCAUAAAGUUUGAUGAAACACAGUAUGUAUGUGCUAUCGCCUCUGCAGGCUUGCUUUAGAGAGCUAAACAAAUUCUAUGUGGCCCCUGCAAUCAUCAACUUGAAGCUGCCAGCUGUGAGGCAAACAAUUUGUGCAAUGUUAAUUUAAAAUCCCGGCUGUUGUUGACGCUCUGGCUUGAUUUUUAGCUUGAUUUAGAAAAGAUUUAUAUUUUAUACUUGUUUGAGGACAAACCCCAAUAAAUUUUGAUCAGAAGAUGUGUA